AGAGAGUGAGAAGAGUCCUUCCACCAAUUGUGUCCACAUCAUCUCCUUUCUCCUCCGUAAACGCUGAUCACCACCAUUUCUUUCUUUUCUUUCCGACAGAACAACUAAUUCGUCCCGUCAAGAUAUCCAAUUCAAGAAAACGAAAACCCUCCCUCCCGCAUGUGAAAAUAUUUCAGUAGUUUGUUGUCGGAACUCAUUUGUGAAGCCAAAUUGUACUAGUAGUGUGCUUUUACGGUUUGCGUAUUCGACAUAAAGGUGGAAGGCUCCCAUGUCCAUGCGGAGAAUUCAGUCAUGGUUUUGACAAAUCAAAUAUUGCUGGGGAUCAUAUGGAUGAAUUGCCGGGGGCUUUAGGGACGAGUGCCAGCUUGGCUUUGAGAUUAGGACAGGCCAUCUUCUCUAUUGCUUCUCUGCUUUUCAUGUGUUUGGAUGUCGAGUUCUACAGCUACACUGCCUUCUGUUUCUUGGUAACAAUCAUGGGUUUAGUCAUUCCUUGGAGUCUAACAUUGGCAAUGGUGGAUGCAUUCUCUGUAUUCGUUAAACGGCCUUCUCGUCAGCCAGGAAUAAUGUCAAUUGUUGUGAUGGGAGAUUGGGUACUAUGUUUUUUAUCGUUAGCUGCAUCCUGUUCGUCCGCUGGUGUAACAGACCUGUUGAUGGUUUCUGGCGGCUCAUUCUGCAGCGCAAAAAUAUGUGGCCGGUAUCAGUUAUCUGCUGCUAUGGCAUUUUUGUCUUGGUUUUUGUCGUUAGCUUCGUCUCUCUUCAAUCUUUGGCUUUUGGCUUCCUUUUAAUUACUACUAUAUGAUAUACUGGUACGUACGGAUGGGCUUAGCCAUCUCGUAGAAAUUAGAAGUCCUAUACUAAGUAAGGGGCAUUUUGUUGCUUAGA